AAAAGUGGUGACUAUCGCUAAGUCGAAGAAGUUUCGGGACCGCCACGGGAAGGUUCUGCUGGAGGGUCACAGGCUGAUCAAGGACGCCCUGGGGGCAGGAGCUGUGCUGCAGACUCUCUUCUUCAGCACUGUAGGGCACCUGAAGGAGCUGCCUGAGGCGGAGCUGAAACGAGCCAGCUUAGUUAAGGUGAAAUUUGAAGACAUUAAGAGCUGGUCUGACCUCGUAACUCCUCAGGGGCUUUUAGGGAUUUUUUCCAAGCCCGACCAUGCCAAGAUGUCUUACCCUGCCGCUCAGCUAACCAGCUCCUUGCCGCUGCUCCUCAUCUGCGACAAUAUCAGAGAUCCAGGAAACCUGGGGACUAUUCUGAGAUCUGCAGCAGGAGCAGGCUGUGAGAAGGUGCUGCUCACCAAAGGCUGCGUGGAUCCAUGGGAGCCAAAGGUGCUCCGUGCAGGCAUGGGGGCUCACUUCCGUCUGCCCAUUGUUGCCAACCUGGAUUGGGAAUCUGUUCCCAGCAACCUUCCUGCCGGCAUCCAGGUCUGUGUGGCUGACAACAAAGACCCAGACACUUGGGCUGAGACUGCGUCUGUGUCGUGGGGAGCUGGCGGGGCUGGCUCUGCUCCUGGCAACCCGAAAGCUCCUGUGAAAUCCAAACCCACAGCUGCUCCUGGGGGCAAGGAAGCGGUGGGUGUCUGUGUCCCAGAGCUGGCCAUGCGGUAUUACCACGAGAACUGGACACAGGCUCCAGUGGCAGUGGUGAUCGGUGGAGAGACUCACGGUUUGAGUCCAGGUGCGCUUCACCUCGCAGCCAGCACCGGGGGGAAGAGACUGGUCAUUCCCGUGGUGCCAGGUGUGGACAGCUUGAACUCCGCUAUUGCUGCUGGCAUUGUGCUGUUUGAGGGGAAGAGACAGUUGCUGCAGAGGCAGAAGCAGGAAGACGAAAGGCAGAAGUUCCCUGUGGUGGGCUAA